AUGUCGGACAAAGAUUCAGAGUCCGGCGUCACUGGCGGCGUACAGGCCAGCAUUCCUAUCCUUAUGACCAUGUCUGCAUUCCUCGCCAUCGGAAUGUACAACAUGGUUGAGAUCCUCUUCCUCAUAUUCGCCGUCUUCAAACAACGCCGCGGGUUGUAUUUCUGGAGUAUGCUCAUCGCCGCAGGAGGAAUCGCCCCUCACGCCAUUGGGUUCAUCCUCAAGUUCUUCCAGGUCACGAAGCUUGACUUGCUUUCGAGCGCCAUCAUCGGCGUAGGGUGGGUCACCAUGUGCCCGGGACAGUCUCUUGUACUGUACUCUCGCCUGCAUCUUGUUGUCGCGGACGCCAGGAAGAUCAGAUGGGUGCUCUAUAUGAUCAUCUUCACCACGAUAGCUCUCGGCGUUCCUCUAUUCACCUUUGCCAUGGGCGCGAACUCCAAAGAUUCCCUCAAGUUCCUCCCGGGAUUCGAGAUCUACGACAAGGUCCAGAUUGUUGCUAUUUCAGUCCAGGAGAUGGCCAUAUCGGUUAUCUACAUCUUCCGAACAGUGAAGAUGCUUCGUGGAGAUUGUGGUCGACGACGUGGAUCUCUACGAAAGCUUUUCAUCCACUUGAUCAUCGUCAAUGUCGCAGUGCUGGCUUUCGACAUCACGCUCAUCGCAGUCCAAUUCUCCGGCCAUUAUGAAAUCCAAACCACGUACAAGACGGCAAUCUACAGCAUCAAGCUCAAGAUUGAGUUCUCUGUCCUCAACCGCCUUGUCAAUCUUCUACAACACAAGAACCUCUUCGGCGAUGGCGCUACACGUUGCCAUGAUGUGGAAAGGUGGACGGACAACAAGAGGACGUACAGCUCGAGCAACCGUGGCGGAUUCACAAAGAUGGAGGAGAGUGGCUCGGUGGCGAAUAGCGACAAACACUCUUCGGUCGUGACAUGCCCGGCCAAGGCCAGCUUCCGCAUGACAGGGAAAGCUGAUGUGGAGUUGGAUGACAUCAUGGAUGAUGCUACGUUGUACUCGGAGGGCAGCAAGAGCCGAAAUAACUCGGGCUGUCAGGGCGAUUGUCGCAAAAGGAUUCAGGGCAGCUCCAUCACAGUCAUUGUCGGUCAACACCCAUCAUCUCGGACCUACACGCUUCCUGUCGCUCUACUCUGCGUUCACUCUAUCUACUUUCGCGACCAGAUUACUCGCAUCAACGCCACGGUGUUGAAGGAUCACACAGCUAGCAAGAAGCGCAAACUCUCCACUUCCCACGAUGACGUGGUGGUGAUCAAGGAAGAGGAUGGAGAGUUUGCCAAAGAGGAAGACACGAAAGAGGUUGCAAAGAACGAAGAGAACAUCAUCAGGUUGCCAGAAGUUGAUCCCGCCAUCUUCGGACUGUUCCUCAAGUUCAUCUACAAGGACACAUACCCAUCCAACGUCGACGCGAGGACUUUGCCAAACAGCGCCAAUCCUUACCCGAAGACAGCCAGCGCAGACAGGACUGUCUCCGUUCCAGCGACGACCGUAGCACCCCAUUCAUUAUCCACUCAGACACCGUCUCACUUGCAGCUCAACGGCCCACCCGCCCAUAUCCGAAACUGGACUCCAACAAACAUGCCACCCCCUCCCAUCCCCCACAACAUAACCUCCCCCCAACCCAUCCCCCCCUCAAUCCACGCCUGGCUUCUCGCCCAACGCCUCGGCACCUUGUCCUUCAUGAACCACACCAUCCAACACAUCUACUCCGGUAUAGGCCGUCACUUCGCCCUAACCCCCUCCCUAAUCGACCAUGUGUGGCGGGAAACUACACCCUCAUCCUCUCCCAUAUCAACGAUUCUAACACCGUCCCCCCUCCGCAACCUCCUCCUCCACACCCUGACAUCAUACUGGUCGCAGCCGGGCCCGCAGCAGAACCCCAACGCUAUUAUCUUGCGCUCGCUAUCCGUGUCGCACGAACAAGGUCAUUUCUCGACGGGUUUGAAAGACGCGUGGGACAGGCUGUUCAACGAACAUGAGGAUUUGAGGAAUGAGUUUAUUCAUGGGUUGCAGGCGGGUCCGGGCCAGUUGGGGGCUGUGGGGGCGUAUUUCGCUAGUUCGGCACCUGCACCGGUCGCAGUGGGGGUCAUGGGUGAUAAGCGGGAAGCUGUGAAGGGAAAGGAGAAGGAGAAAGAGAAGGGUGGGAGUGGUUGGAGGUUGGAUGGAGAUGUAGUCCUUAUCAAGGAGGAGGAAAGUGAUGAGAUGAAAGUUUUGGGUGAGACGAAGGAGACUCGUGUCUGA